AUGACACUGAACUUUUGGAAUAGUACCCCUUCUACACCUACGCCUCCCAGAAAGCAACAACAAUCAACCUCAAAUAAUGGAAGCAUGAUUCAACUUUGGCAGUUCCUCCUGAAUGAACUCAACGACCCUACGGCCCGAAAUUAUAUUAACUGGACGGGUGUAGAAGGAGAAUUCAAGUUGAAAGAUCCCUCAGAGGUCGCACGACGUUGGGGUCUGAAGAAGAAUAAGCCCAAAAUGAACUACGAAAAACUAAGUCGCGGUCUUAGAUAUUACUACGAUAAGAAUAUUCUCAGAAAAGUUACGGGAAAGCGAUAUGUUUACUGCUUUACCAAUAAUAUUAUGAGAAAUCUCACAGGACGAUUCCGAGAACCUACAUCUAGUAAUACAAGUUAA